CCGAAGCAGUCAUGUAUGUGGGCGCCGGAUCGAUGAGGUUUGACCUCUUUGACGAGCGAGGCGGGCUAAUCAUUCACGGAUGACGUCACCGAGGCUUGUAUAGCUGCCGUGGAUUUUGAGAGGCAGCAAUGUUGGGGAGAAGCUCUGUCGUGUUGGUCAGGAUGAAAGUCGCUCUUCUGCUGCUGCUGCUUCUCUUCUCCACCUCUAACUUGGAGGUCACCUCAAGCCCGACCGGCCCGGACGACUUUUUGGGUCCCGAGGAGUGUCUGGCAAGGAAGCCCACGCGUGCGUCGUGCGACUUGGUCUUCUGCCCGCCGUGGGAGCGAUGCAUCAACGGCCAGUGCUCCUGCAAACCGCCGUAUUUGUGCCCCGCUGACGACGUCACUCCCGUUUGUGGGCGGGACGGGCGACUCUACCGCUCCUUCUGCCAGGCCAUGGCGUUGUCGUGUCGCAGUGGGAAGUCGGCCAUGUCGCACUUUGGCAAAGCGUGCUCAGAAGAGCAGCUCAAGUUCAGAAGUUUCCGCGAGCCCAGCACGGGGGUGCUCAGCCUCUUCGUUCCCGACGAACAAAGUCCCGACGGAGGGAAGCGCUUGCUGGUUUGCGGCCAGGGCUGGGACAUGGCCAGCGCCAACGUGAUGUGCAAGGAUCUCGGACAUCCGCUUGGCGCCGCAUCUGCCGCUUCUGUGGUGUCCGGACCCCCGAGCCAAGACCUCGGCCACUUUCCUGAGCGCUGCGUCAGCGUUCGCUGCCGAGGCUUCGAGACGUCGUUGGCCGAGUGCGUCAUCCACGACAGCGUCCCGGUCGGCGACGGCAACGUUGCCACGGCCACUUGCUACGGUGGGACCGACGUGCCCAAAGUGUGCGACUUUGCGUGCGCCAACGGGAAAUGCGUAUCUGGCAACCGGACGUGCGACGGCAUCGACGACUGCGGCGACCGGAGCGAUGAAAUGUGCUGCAAACGCUGCCGAAGUGGCGCCUUCCGCUGCGAAACGGGCGUGUGCGUGCACGCGGACGCGCUGGCUGACGGCCAGAUGGACUGCUUGGCGGGAGAAGACGAGGCAGCGACGCACGAGCCGGCCAGGAAGGAGUUGAAGAGCACCGAAUACGUCUCUCCUAGGAAAGAAACGCGUGUCGGCCGUAUCCAACUGGAGUCCAAGUUGCAGUGCGGCGUUCCCAACGUGACCGCCGCCAACGACGACAGCGUGAAGGACCGAGUCGUCCGUGUCAAGAGAGUCGUCGGCGGCAUCAUGGCCAACCGGACGCAGAUCCAGUGGCAGGUGGGCCUGGAAGAAAACGGCAGAAUCAACUGCGGGGGAACCUACAUCGGAGGCUGCUGGGUCAUCACGGCAGCGCAUUGCGUCAGACCCAGCCCGUGGGCGUACCGCAUCCGGUUUUCCAUCUGGAAGAGGUACACUCCUCAGGACACCACCGACAUCAUCCCCGUGGGCGACGUCAUCAUCCACCCCAGGUACAACGUCAGCACGUACCAGAACGACAUCGCUCUGGUCCGGCUGAAGGACCUCCCGCAGACGCCGGGCAAGUGUAUGGAGGACAACCCUGCGGUGAAAGCCGCCUGCGUCCCCUGGUCCACGCGGAUCUUCAACGCCAACCACACCUGCAGCAUCUCGGGCUGGGGCCGCACAGAUCUGGGAAAAGCCUCGCAGGUGCUCCAGUGGGCCAACGUGUCCCUCAUCCCCGACUGCCAGCGCUUCUACAAAGACCGCUUCAAACCCGGGAUGAUGUGCGCCGGCGACCUGGACGGAAACGUAGACUCCUGCCAAGGCGACAGCGGCGGCCCUCUGGUGUGCGAGGACCACCUGGGCGUCUCCUACCUGUGGGGCAUCGUCAGCUGGGGCGAUCAAUGUGGCCACUCGGACUCGCCGGGCGUUUACACUCAGGUGAUACAAAUAAGGCGCAUUUAUCCGUGUGUGUGCGUGUGUGCGUGUGUGUGUGUGUGUUGUCAGAGCGGGAGGACCCAGAUCAUCGGCCCCGAGGAAGAGGAUGAGGACGGAUACGCGUUCAAUGAGAUGGACGGGCCCUUCCAGGACGUGGAGCUGCUGAAGUUGCGGCCCGCCCACAUGACCGUCUUCCUGAGAUACGUCUUCACGCAGCUGCUGGACCCCAACCCGUUGCUUUUCUACCUGUCGGUGGAGGCGUACCUGAGCGCCGCACCCAAAGACGCCCGCUCCCUGGCUCCGCAGAUCUGCGCCCAUUUCCUCGAUCCGGACGCCCCCUUGAAGCUCAAAGUGCCAGUCGACUACCUGACAGACAUCGAGAGCCGCUUUCACGCUCAGGAGGACAUCCGCGGGCCUCUUUCGGAGCUGCAGCAGCAGGUGCUGCCCCACAUCCAGGACCAACUUUUGGACUACAGGAACAAGCAAAUGAUGGGCCUAGGCGCGCUCUUCGGCGAAGCUGACCUGCUGCUACUGGACGGAGACCCGAUGAAGGAGCGUCAGGUGGUGGACAAGCAGGUCACCGCCCUCUGGGAGAUCCUGUGCAAGCACGAGGAAGACAGAAGCUCCCCGCUGGCGUCGGCCGUGCUGCUUUACCUCCGCCACGCCGGCAUCAAGUUGCGAGACUCCAAGGCCUUCCUGGGUUUGAGCAGCGAGAAGGAAAAGUGGAUGGCCUUCCUCAAGGCCAAAAAGCCCGGCAGCGCCAAGAAGGAGAAAGAUGGCGAGGACAAAAAGAGGAAUCCCCUCCUCAAGUACAUCGGCAAACCUCGGAGCACCUCUCAGUCCACAUUCCAUGUCCCGUUGUCCCCCACCGAAGUGCGCCCAGGAAGCGUCAAGAACAUCAUUCAGCACUUUGAGAAUCACACCGAAGACGGCGGCGGCGACCCAUCCUCGCCGUCCUCCGGCGUCGACGAGGACAGCCCCAGCGGCUCCAAACGGCUGGCGCGCAGCGAGUCUUUAAAAGCUCAGGGAGAAGGGCGGCGGCGGGGCGGGGCCUCCUGCGGCGACUCCGUACCCCGCUCGCGCAGCGACGUGGACAUGGAGGACCCGGCGGCGGAGGACAGGGAAGGGACGGCUUUCCGACUGCAGCAUAGCACGUCCUCGGCGUCCGGCAGCUCGGCCAGGUCUCUGGAAAACGCCACGCCGCCCUACACGCCUCGCUCCAUCCGCAGGGGCACGGAGUCGCCGCUGAGCCUGCUGCUGCUGGACGCCGGCGGUGGUGGCGAGGAAGAGGCCUGCGAGGGUCAGAACUGGCAGGAGACGGUGCCGCGUCAGCUCUUGGACACACUCAGCCCGAGGGAGGUGGAGCGCCAGGCCGUCAUUUAUGAGCUCUUCACAACCGAGGCGUCGCACCUACGCACGCUCCGAGUCCUGGACCAGGUCUUCCUCCAGAAGAUGAGGUCUGUUCUCAAUGCGGACGAGCUGGCAUGCAUCUUUCCCAACCUGCCGCAGGUCUACGAGCUGCACGCUAGUCUUUGCGAGGCCAUGAGGAAGCGGCGAGAGUCGCUGAUUGUUCAAGACAUUGGCGAUGUCAUGUUGGCCAGGUUUGAGGGCGCCGCCGGCGAGGAGUUUGAGGAGCAGGCGUCGCGCUUGUGCAUGCAGCAGUCUCGGGCACUGGAGCUGAUCAAGAGCAAACAACGCAAAGACCCCCGCUUUGCCCACAUCGUCCAGGAGUGCGAGGCCAGCCGCCACUGUCGCCGGCUGCAGCUCCGAGACCUGCUGGUGGCCGAAAUGCAACGCUUGACCAAGUACCCGCUUCUUCUGGACAACAUCAUCAAGCACAGCGAGGUGACCUCCGCCGACCUUCCCGCCCUCCGCCGGGCUCAGGCCUGCUGCCGCGGGAUCCUGCAGGCGGUCAACGAGGUGGUCAGGGAGACGCAACACCGUCACCACCUCAGCAAGUACCAGCGCCGACUGGAUGUGGCGCCGCAGUUCAAGGGUCUGGAUCUGAGCACCAAGAAGAUGAUCCACGAGGGUCCGCUGCUCUGGAAAGUUAGCAAGGACAAGCAGUUAGACAUCCACGCGCUGCUGCUGUCCGACUGCCUGCUGCUGCUGCAGCGCGGCCCCGACGAGCGUCUGUUGCUGCGUCACCCGUCCCGCUGGCUGGGCGGUGGCAGCGGCGGCGGCAGCGGAGGAGACAGCCCGCUGGUCAACUUGGACUCGCUGCUGGUGCGCUCGGUCGCCACAGACAACAAGGCGCUCUACGUCAUCAGCACCGCAGAGAGCCAGAUCUACGAGCUGGUGGCGGGGACGGCGUCAGAGAAAAACACCUGGAAGGAUUUUCUGGAAAAGACUAUCGCUUCUGCCGCCAGCCCACCCGUGUCCAAUCACGGCUCAGCGGCCGAGACUCUUGGUGGCGCGUCCCUGGUGGAAGCUGCAGGCCCCACCCACACAGAAAACGCCGCGAAGACGCUCGUUGACGCCGACGCCAUCUCUGCGGCUCGCGACCAAUCCGAAGCGUUGCACUGUGAUGACGGGCACGGCGAGGGCGUGGCGCAGGCAGCCCUGCAAGACGUUGAAACGCUGCGUCAGCUCCUGGUACUCAGCGCGCACGCGGACGUGUGGAGCCACGCCUUCCCAAGCUCGCCCAACCAAUGCGUGCACAAUCUGAGCCAAGACCAAUGGGAGGCGGCGCCGUGCAGCAGCGCUCAGCUCCGACCAAAAGCGGCUGUCGCUGAUGAUGCCACAACGGCGUCUGAGCAGUUGUCGCCGAGCCGAGCCGCCGCGCACGGAAACGUCUUCUACCUGGCGAUGCCCGCGGGCGAGAGCACCACCGACCCGACAGAUGGCGGCCUGGAAAGCGACCCGUCGGCGGGCCAGUGGAAGGCGUCGUGGCAGAGUCACAUGAUCAAAAACGUCGAGGAGGUCUUCCGCACCAUUGAGGAUUUGACCAGCAAGCUGCGCCGGCUCAAGGACAUGGAAGGGGAGCACCGCAAACUGCUGACGUCGCUCCGAGAGUCCCGUCGGGAGGAGGAAGACCGCGGCUCGGCGGACGGGAAGGAAGCAAAUCCCGCCCAGCCCAGCAUUCAGUCCACUGGAUUGUGAGAGCGCCCCAAAAGUGACCUCCAAUUGCUCAGCACUUUAGCCACAGCGCGGAAAGCCCCGUCCCCGCCCCUAGCAUGUUUUAGGCCAGUGGUUCUCAAGCUAGGGUCUCCGAACCAUCGUUGGGUCAGCCGCCUAUAGUUUGCAAAAUAAUUUGCAGUAAAUUAUUAUUUGAUGUCAUUUACUAAAAAAAAAAAAAAAAAAAGUGCAUAGCUACUGUAAAUACUGGGAUGGGCGCACCCGUUAAAUAUGAAACCAAUGACUGCUCACUCAUGGAAGCAAAUUCCUGCCACACCAGAAAAAAAACACCUGAUCAAUUUUGCGUUAUAACGGGAUGAGUGAGAAUCGUUUUGCUGUUUUACAAAUCAAACUGGAUAGGCAACUGUGCUAAAGAAUAAUAAUCUUGUUUGUUGAUUUCCAAAGCUAUCACAUCAUGACAUAGAAUAUGUAUCAUAUUACACAGUAAUACUUUUUUUUUUCUGGUGCGGCAUGUCGCUUUUGUACUACUUUGGGGUGAUAAAGGCGUCUUUUCCACAGUCAAUGUGAAAUCAGAUGAAGUUUCAUAUUUGAAAUGCACGUUUUAUUUAUUAAUUGGAGCUUUUUAACCCCACCCAUAAGAUUACCUCUUUUUAUCCACUUGUUUUCCACCCUUGAACACCCCCCCCCCUCACACACACACACACCUUUAUUGUAAAAAAUAUGCCACUUUAUUUCCAAUACUUUGGCAUUUAGGGACACAGUUGGUGGUCAAAUGUCGUAGGAAUUUGAGGGAGGGUUGACCCACACGUUUGCGAUUACUGACUGAACCGCCUAGCUUAGCAUCAGGACAUACCGGGAAAGGAGCAGUGCUAAGUAAGCUAUGCUAAUCUUCCCAGCUGCUGCUGGCAGUCAUCACCUAAAGAGAGAAA